AUGGAGGACAGAGAAGCGAGGAAGAGGGGAUGGAGGGGGAAGGAGAGGAGGAAGAGGAGGAAGGGGGAGGAGGAGGGGGAAAGGGAGAGGGGGAAGAUAAGGGGUGUUCACAGCAGAGAAAUGGGGUCGAACAUAGUGGCAACCACUGAAAAUAUGACAGAUUUAGACUACCUGCGAUCUAAAGUUGUAACAGAACUAACACCAGCCUCUGAUGAUGACAGUGAAAUGGCCAGUGAUGAUGGUGCUCCAUCAGAGAGCACAGACAGUGGUGACGAAGAGAGUGAGUCAAACAAAGAGGAAGCCCCUACUAACCAGAGCCUAAACAAGUUUUCUUCAACGCUCUUCACCCUCCGCAUGAGAGGUCUACCGUUCAAGUCCAAGAGAGAAGACGUAGAGACAUUUUUCCAUCCCUUGGCCCUUGCUGACGUUCGUUUUACAGUUGACAAAGAUGGUCGUCCUUCUGGUAGAGCCUACGUCGACUUUAACUCUGAGGAAGACAUGAACGAGGCUCUGAAAAGAAACGGAGAUUGCAUUGGUAAACGAUACAUUGAACUAUUUCGCGACGAAGGGCCCCAGAGCUUCAGACGUGAGGUUGAGUCUGAGAAAAAGAGGGAAUUUGGUGGCAGAGGAAACGAAGAAGAAGAAGAAGAAGACGAAACUAUCGCUGAUUCCGGAAGAUUGUUUCUCAGAAAUCUCUCCUUCACAGUCAAAGAAGAUGAUUUGAUGGAAACCUUUGAGCAGUUCGGCCCGCUCACCGAGGUCACGGUACCGCUGGACAAGACCACCAACAGACCGACUGGACUGGGAUUUGUCACAUUCAUGCUCCCUGAACACGCGGUGAGGGCGUACGAGGCAUUGGACGGCCAGGUGUAUCAGGGGCGACUGCUGCACAUACUGCCUGGUAGACAGCGCCGGGGGAGGCACCAGGCGAGGGAAGAGAUCGAGGAGAGUAAAAGUGGGAGCUCUUUCAAGAAGAAGAAAGAGCGGGAGCAGAAGUCGCAGUCGGGGAGCGGUCAUAACUGGAACGCUCUGUUCCUGGGAGCAAAUUCGGUGGUCGACGCCAUGUCGCGGCGCUAUUCCACGCCAAAGAGCAGCAUUCUGGACCCAGAGUCUGAGAGCUCUGCUGCGGUGAGAAUGGCUCUCGGGGAGACGCAGCUUGUGAGCGAAACAAGAGAGUUUCUCGAAGCAGAGGGGGUGCAACUGGACGUCUUUGAGAAGAAAAACCCGAAAAGAAGUUCGACGGUUAUUCUCGUGAAAAACCUUCCCCACGCGAGAAAUUUUGCACUUUUUCUACACUUCUCGGUUUUCAAAAGCAUGUCUACCCCGCUGACUCCAACCUCGGCCACACCAGUCAGCUACACCAGCGACGAACUGCACGACAGCCUAGUAAAAUGGCUCCACAGCUGUUUGUCGCUGGGAGGGACUCAGUGCACGUUCGACGGGACGAGUCUGAGCGACGGGGUGAUCAUCUCCCGCUGUCUGAGCCAGCUAGCUCCGGCCACCUUCACCGCAGAGUGGAGCGAGAAGAUCAUCUAUGUGACGGGUGGACACUGGAAGCUCAGGCUGAACAACUUGAAGAAGAUCAACAAAGGCAUUCUGGACUACUACGACAAUGUCCUCCACCUCUCGCUAGAUUCCUUCAGUCACCCAGACCUCUCCCGCAUCGCUAAUGAAGGAAGUAAGGCGGACAUGGCUAGGCUUCUCCAACUGGUUCUUGGUAUUGCUAUCAACUGCGAGAGGAAGGAGACAUACAUUCAGGACAUUAUGGCCAUGCAAGAAGACUCCCAACAUGUCAUCAUGGCUGCUAUCCAAGAGUUGAUAUCGACCCAGUCUCCAAAGAUGAUAAUGGGAGAGGCGUACAAGGAGCUGGAGGAGCAACACAAACACACGCUGCUAAAGCUGCAGGAGAUUCAGGUCGAGAAGGAGCAGCUGCUGCAGUCGAGUCACGACGUCGUCGCACAGCUCCAGGCCGCCCAGCAUGAGGGGGAGGAGCUAGGGGCGGAGCUUGAGAGGGUCAGGGAAGAGCUCGUCGCGGCCAAAAGCUCUGCAGGGGUAACGGGAGCCGCCAAACUACAGCAGGUGAUGCGACAGUUGGAGGCUGUCAAAUCUGACAACAUUCGUCUCGAAACUGAACGAGACGAGCUCAAGCACAGGGUCCAGGAACUGGACUCCCAGACCACCGACCUUCUCCAGAAGAACAGAGAGCUCCAGGUGGAGAAUGAGGAGAUAUCCGUCCUGCGAGACUCCCUCGAGGAGAUGAAAUACAUGGAGAGCAAAGUCAAAAGCUAUGAGAGUAUGAUCCAUCAGUACAAGAAAAAGAUAGAGGAUGUUCAGGAAAUGAAGAAACAGCUGAAGGCAAUGAACGACAAGAACAUGACGUACAUGCAGCAAAACCUCGACCUGGAGGAGGAGCUGCGGAGACUGAGUGGGCUGAGGAGUCAGAUUGACAUGCAGAAGGAGAGACAGCAGCAGUUGGAGAACGAACUGGCUCAGGAAAAACUUCGCUGCCUAGAGGUAACACAAGAUGCUGAGGACACCCACCAAGUACUGGAUGCUGUCAGAGUCGAACUUGCACAACUAAAACGAGAGAAAGAGAUGCAAAUCCCAGGCACUCCCACCGCAUUAGCCCCCUCGCUAGCAGGCUGGAACAUGGAGCCCCCUACCCCUGGAUCACUGGACAACCCCGACCUGGGCUCCACUUUGAACGAAGUGUUCACUCCCGAAAUGAGGGAAAAGAUGGUGAGACUGGAGAAGGAGAAUGAGAUUCUGAGACGGAGACUAGCAGAGGGAGGGCCAUCACCCGUGGAGGUGGGAGGAGGGGGAGGGGUGAGAACUGGUGUGCGAGGUGGUGGAGAAGGAGAAGAGAGUUUGUCUAGAGGGAGAGGAGGAGGAGGAGGGGAGCAGAUGGUGGCAGUGCUACGGAAACAGUUGCAGGAGAAAGAGAAGAAGAUAUCUCAACUUCAGGCCGCAGCUCAGGAGAACAGUAAAUAUUCACCCUCUCAUCAUUUGUUAUAUACCUCUCUCCUUAUUCAGAGCUUGAAGAGUCAGUUGAAAGACAAAGACAAACAUAUUGAAAGAAUUGAGAGGGAUUACAUGACAGACCGGUUGUCGUGGGAACGAGAGGAGAAACUAGUAGUGUCGGCCUGGUAUGAAAUGGUAGGAAGUAUUCCCAGGAGCGACUUCUGGGACCGCACACCUCAUUUCUCAGUCAUCAGAGAGCCUCUCUCUAUAGGAAACCUCUCUCAAUCCACACCCCCCUCCCCCGCCUCCCAACCUCCCCCUCCUCCUCCACUGCCACGGAGUCAUGAGCUGAAGAUAAAACUGUUUAAACUUUUCACUGGUGGUACUCACUACUCGCUGGCCGUUGGUCUGCAGGCACUGGCAAAAGCCACAGGAGGCGGGGAUGAAAGGUGUAGUCCGGAAUAUCCGAGCAAUGUAAACGUUCUUCUGGAUAGCAGUACUGCACCUUGGAUUGCUCAUGGAAACGGUUAUGAUUAA